AUGGCGUUCGACCUGGACGCGUGCAUCGCCACGCUGCUCAAGAAGCAACUCCUUGGCGAGGCCCUGCUCAAGGAGAUCUGCGAAAAGACAAAAGAGAUCCUCAUGAGAGAAUCCAACGUCGUUCACAUCUCCGCUCCUGUCACUGUCGUAGGUGACAUUCACGGUCAAUUCUACGACUUGAUAGAGAUCUUUCGCAUCGGUGGCUACGCACCACACACCAACUACCUCUUCUUAGGCGACUAUGUCGAUCGAGGUCUAUUCUCCGUCGAAACCAUCUCCCUCCUAACAUGUCUCAAGUUACGGUAUCCAGAUCGGGUCCAGCUCAUUCGAGGCAAUCACGAAUCCAGAGCAGUCACACAAACAUAUGGGUUCUAUACAGAAUGUCAAAGGAAAUACGGCUCUGCCAACGUUUGGACGUAUUUCACGGAUAUGUUUGACUUUUUAACGCUGUCGGUGGUGAUUGAUGAUCAGAUCUUUUGUGUUCACGGUGGCUUAUCUCCAUCGGUACAAUAUAUAGAUCAGGUGAAGAUCAUCGAUCGGUUUAGGGAGAUCCCACAUGAAGGUCCAAUGGCCGACCUCGUUUGGUCAGAUCCAGAUCCGGACAAAGAGGAGUUUGCAAUCUCUCCACGUGGUGCGGGAUAUACGUUUGGCGCUUCGGUGGUGAAGCACUUUUUACAUAGGAAUGGUAUGAACCAUAUCUUGCGAGCACAUCAGUUGUGCAUGGAAGGUUUCAGCGUGCUCUACGACGACAGAUUGUCAACGGUUUGGAGUGCACCGAAUUACUGUUACAGGUGUGGAAAUAUGGCCAGUAUAUUAGAGGUCUUCCCGGAUGGUAGUAAGCAUUUCAACACUUUCGAGGCUGCGCCCGAGAACGAGAGGGAUGGACCGAAUCAGCACAACUUGAACGGCGGACCCACGGCGAAUGGGAAACAUGAAGCUGUGGAGUACUUUUUGUAG